AUGAAAUCAAAUACUUUCUCACUUUAGUCUCUUCCCUAUCACUCGCUCAAAUUAUUAAUCACCAAAAUUUAGCCAACUCAAAAAACUGCGGUGGCGGCGCUCAAAGUAUAUAGGAUGAGCGCAAAUACUUUGUUUCCAACAACGUUAAAUUGAUCGAUCAAUCAUCAUGAAGGGAGUCAAGGUUGAUGAAUCGUUUCCAUCGGGUUUGAGGGUUCUUGUUGUUGAUGCUGAUCAAACAAGUCUAUUGCAGUUAGAACCCCUUCUCUUGGCUUGCAAUUACCAAGUCACCAUAUGUCACGAGGCAAGCCACGCUUUGUCGCUUCUUCGCGAGAACAAAGGUUUAUUCGACAUUGUGAUCAGUGAAGUACACUUGCCCGGAGGAAUAAAUGGCGUUCAGCUCCUUGGAAUUAUGAACGAGUUGCGACUAAAUUUGCCCGUUGUUAUGAUAUCACAAGAUAAUAGAAGAGAUGUGGUGAUGAAGGUUAUCGUAGACGGGGCUUGUGAUUACUUGAUUAAGCCUGCCCGGAUACAAGAAAUCCAAGUUAUAUGGCAACAUGUGGUUCGAAAGAGAACAAACUUGUUCAAGUCGUCACAUAUGCUACCAGAACUUCAGCACUGCGGGAAUGAUAUAAAAGAUCCACAAAAGUUUGAGAAUGUUAACGAUAAAAAAGAAUGUCCGAUGUUGCAGUUAAUAGAGAAAGACAACAAGGACAACAACGAGAAAGGAGAAAUCGCGGUGGAUCACCGAAAAGUCGGUAAAGAAGUAACCACAACAGCCUCGGUUAAGAAGCCGCGGAUGGUUUGGACUCCUGAGCUCCAUAAUCAAUUUGUUGUUGUCCUAAAUCAAGUUGGCCUGAAAAAUGCUGUUCCCAAAAAAAUCUUGGAGCUUAUGAAUGUUCCUGGGCUUUCAAGGGAAAAUGUUGCUAGCCAUCUCCAGAAAUAUCGUUUGCAUCUCCGAAGGAAAAAUAUGAGCGCACAAAACAAAUCGAAAGUUGCAAGACUAACUUACCAAAACAAUGUUGUUACAAAUGAUUGUCCGAGGGUCGAUCACUCCAACUCAGAUGCUUAUUAUGCCAACCUAAAACAACUCGAUCAAUCCCAAUAUUCAGUAUUUUCUGAGGUUGAUUCGGAGACAAAUAUGAGCAUUCUGGCCGAAGGUACUCCACUCAAUCAACAGGGAAGUUAUUACCCUAACGAAGGAGUAAGUUUUGGCGAAGCCAUUCAUCAACCAAGUCAAGAAUCGUGGUGUUAUGACCCGCCAGCAAUGAUCAUCAACUCUGCAUUUUCACAUAGUGACCAUGAACCUAUACCAGCGGGUGCCAACCCAGAUCAAGUAAAAUUGAUUUAUUCCUUUCUUUUAUUAUAAUUGUUUUUUAUAUUAAUGAGCAAUGUUGAUAGAUAUGAAAAUCAUUGCAGGAUAAUUUGAUUAUAAUGCAAAGAUUACAAGAGAACUCGUUCAAAAUUGAGAUGACAGAUGAUUUAACUCGUGAUGCUUCUGCCCUGAUGAACCCAGACGAUCAUAUGAAUAAUGCCAGUGCCACAUAUGUCUCGCUUUCAGUUCCUUCGACAAUAAGCUCCAUCGAAGAUGAAACUGAUACCCAAAAUGCAUCUAGUUUCAUCCUCAAUAUUGGGGAUCCUUCUGGAUACGAAUACUAUUCCAACUAUGAUCCUAGAUAUUAUCCAUGUUGAACAAUGUAAUCAUAGGUGUCAAGCUAGUUUAGCAUUUUGUUUAGUUCAUGAAUAGUAGGUUUGUGUUAGUCAAUGGAUGGUUAAUUGUACAGC